AUGGCGACGAGUUCUUCCUGGAAUUCCAGCGGCUUCUAUUUCUCGGCGAAUACCAAUACGAUGGAUCGCGAAAGUAUGCCUUCGGAGAAAGCUGAGGCUGCGAGACUGAGAUCGGCGGAAGUCAUGGCGGCUUUGAAAUCUGGGGAGCCCGGGGCUGCGGAUAGGAUGAUGGGUGGUCAGAAGGAGAGUGGGAGUAAGGGAAUUGUACCGUUGCAAUGGGUGAAGUCGAAGUUUGGGGGGAAGAAGAAGAAGAUGGAAGUGGAGAAGGAGGUGCAGGCGGGAAAGGUUGGGGCAGAUGAUCAGAGUGUUAUGACCCGACGAUUAAGAAGAUUUGAGGUUGGGAUGAUGGAUGGAUGGAAUGGUUGGUGCUAG